AUUUAAAUAAUGGCGCAGGCGCUCGUAGCCGCAGAUAGCGUGCACCAUUCAAUAAUAGAAAAAAGUUUUAUUUGUCUCCGCUUCUUGUAUUUUGAAGCGAGAUUUCCGCUUAUGGUGGACGUGAGUUAUGCGAAUAGAUGAUUUAACGGCUAGCCCAACUCGGGACGAAGACAUGGACAUGAUUUUAACUUCGAAUUCCGAACCACCUUUAGAGAAAUCAAGCGUAAGAAGUUUGGACUGUGAGGACAAUUGUUUGAAUGGCAUUAAAUGGCCGCCAGACCAUCACACAAAGAAUACGGGCGACCGUAGAAGAGAGUUCACUUUCAAAGGUUUAGGGCUUAAUCCUCCUUUGGUUACUCAUGGUGGAAGGACUCUAAAAACACCCGCUCGUUAUUUAGAGUCGGAUUCGGACGAUGCGAGCACGAAGAGGAAGUUCCAUUCGUCGAAGAAAAGAAAGCGUCUAUUAUCAGAUUCUUCGCGUCGUAAGAGCACGACAUUGUGUAAGAAUGGUAGAACAAAAUCUUUGGAUAGAGACUCUUGUGAUUUUUUAAAGAAUCAUAAAACGAAAGGAAGUGUAAUGUCGCCAAAAAGGAAAAAUGGAGACAGGACAGAUUUCGAGUGUGAAAUCGGAAUUGACCUUGCUUCGACGUCUGGCGUGGCUACUUCUUUGUCAACAUAUUCCAAUAACUCUCGCCGUCAACCAAGUGAAUCUGUUUGCGUGAAUGGAACGCUGAAUGAUCUUGAAUUAGAUUCGGAGACUUCAAACUCUGACGAAAUACCUCCGAAAAAGUCACGGAGAGGAAGGCCUCCUAAAAAUCUUGCACUGUUGACGAAGUUUCAUUCAGUUGACAGUCCUUCGCCACAUGGCAAUUGUGCUACAAGUGCCACGAAAGCAUCUCUCGCGUCACCUUCAACUUCAAAAUUUUGGAAGAAAAGAAAACUGUCGAAAGGUAUACGCAAGUUGCAAAAUAACUGCCUUUCGUCGAGCAGCGAUGAUUGUGAGUUGGCGCCAUCAACUCCCAGGAGAAGAGGUCGGCCACCGAAGAAAUUGUUAGAAAGUUGCGAAACAAAACACGAGAUAGUCAGGACACAAAAUGGCGUUAAAAAACCUUGGGUGCGGCCUAUUUUGAAAGCUACCGGUAAACGCUCGUUGUUGAAGCCUUCUAAGAAUUCACUGGAGUGUUUAUUACCGUCACCGGAAAAAGACAUGACGAAGGUUAAGUCAAAGUUUGUUAAGGUGAACGGUUGUGGCAUUCUAUCUUCCGGAAAGGAGGUGAAGCGAAAACGUGGCCGUCCACCGAAGCCGAAACCUGAACAAUUUAUUGACGAACACAGGAUUGAAGGAGACGCAUUUCGCUUUACGGACGAGGACGAGGAAAAGGCCAGAGGGCCUAUGUUGAAACGUAAGUUAAAGAAAUUAAAGUUACAACGAAAGGGAGAUAAGAAUCCUCUUGCAGCUACUGCAUUGAAGAAGAAAGCUGUGACUCACAAGCUGAAACGUAAAGCUGUGAAUAUUGUUAAGAAAACUCUACAGAUAAGAAAUCAAGGUGAUACAACUGACAAUGAAUUUGACCUGGUGGAGGAAACUGAGCAAACCUCUGAUGUUCCUCUCAAACGUCGAAGGAGAAACAAAGCUGAUAGAAUUCUUGGAAUGAGGAGAAAUUUAUCAGGGACUUAUGAGUAUUUAGUUCAAUGGAAGGAUGGUACAAGCUCUUGGGCACCUUCAAAUGAGUUAGUUGAUUAUGAGCUUGACUUCAAGUGUUUCCUUGGCCAUGAGUGCCAGGAAGCGACUGUUUUAAGCAGGCUCGCAUACAAAGCUUAUUGGAAGGAUGAUUUAAUUCAGCUUCAUCAGAACCAGUCUGAAAUUGACAGAUUGGCAUCCGCUGAGGAUGUGCAUUUUCAAUUAUUGCGAGAUGAUGCUGGCAAUGAAGACACUUGUGCAUCUAUUGAGGAAUUGCCAUCUUGUGAAAAACAGUCUAUUUGUAAAGAGGUGUCAGUUCAGAGAUUGGAUGAUUAUCUACAUGUAACGAUUAGUCGAUCAUCAAGCAAGCGAAGAAAGAUUAACCAGAGAAUUGUAGACUCUCUCACUCUUGUGCUGGAAGAUGCGGCAACCGAUGAAUCAGAAUUUGUUGUUAUAAGUGGCCUUGGAGAUGACACUUUCUGUGGCAUUGAGUUAAAUGAUCUUAUCGACGUACCUUGUGAGGAGGAACCUCGACACUAUCGUAAAGAUGUGGAUAAGAUCAGGUAUGCUGUCAUUGAGAUUUCAAGGAAAUACUCACAUUUGUACCCAGGGGCCUGUUGCUUGAACAUCCCAAUAAUUUUUUUGGGACCCACAGCCAAGUAUAAAAUCAACAUCUAAUGAAAGCGAAGUUAAUACCUAGGAAACAUCCAUUUUGAUUUGAUAUCAUAUUUUCUAUAAUACAACUGAAACCUCAACCUUGAAUUUAAACAUGACUGUAAACACAGCAGCUUUCUGGGCCCAGUGACCACAACUUUCAAGAUUUGAGUUUAAGCUUGAAAUAUGCUCUCAAGUAAGCAAUCGGGGUACAAAUUUAAGUGUUAAUAGUAGGUGCACAUUCCUGGUUUCAAUAAUGUAGUGGUCUCUCUACAAACAGUAGUCCACUUGCAGCCUAUUUAAAAGCCAUUUUUUAAAGUACGUGUAAACAAACAAGGUGUUCCAGGUCUGGUUGGCCAAAAGCCAUUUACUAUGGAGUUAUAGUACAGUCAUUUUGACUUUUUGAUUUCAAAACUGAAGUAGACAAUGUUUUCCAUAUAAUUAUGAAGUUUCCAUCUGAUUGGCAAGUUCUGGUAAUAUUUUCAUGAUCUCUGAGAUAGCUCACAAGAACUCUGAAAACACUGUUCUUCCCUCACAGUGCAUUUUCUCAGUUUUUCGUAGUGUCUCAUUUCCAUAAAAGUUAAAAUUACGCAAGACAAGACGAGACAUUUAUUAUCAUAAUAUUGCCUGUACAAUUUCUUGACUCGCAGUUAGCCAAAAACGCUAGUCGUCACUCGUGGCGUGCCAAAUUAAUUCUAUAAUUACAAAUCAGAUAUUACAGAUAGUAAGUAAAAAGCAAAGAAAAAGAAAAGAAGAAUAUGUGUAACAAAGUCAAAAGCAAGAAAGACAAAUCUGUUUAAUGCAAGCUGUGAAAGAAGUUAAGGUUUUGGAUUUCGCUUAGUUCACUUACCUCGUUUAAUAUUUUCUAUUGGUAAAAGUGGAACCUUUUUUCAGGACUGUUUUGUACGGACAAAUUGUUUUGGUAAAUUUCAAGUGAUUCAUGUAAUUUGAGAGAAGUUUGGAUAUGUUUUCCAUGUGCUGCAAUGUUUGAAGUUCACUCAAGGGUUUUGAGUGUUUCUUGGUGUAUAGCUGCUUCAAAAACAAAGAGAGUAAGAUGUAUCACAUGGUUUUCUUUGUUAGCCUCAUCAAGGUAAAGUGAAGGGCUCAACCCAUAAAAUGUCAGAAUCCGCUUUCUGUUUUAUUUACUGGUGCUUAUGUUUGAACAAUUAUUUAGAGAUCGUCCUUCAUUGAAUUGCUUUACAGAUUUCAGUAUCCCUUGUGCCCUUGGCGCUUUCGUGCAGUGUACAUGUGGCAAAUCUAGCCAAAGAUGAAAAUUUUCAUAUUAAUACUUGCAGUCUAUGUGUUACAAUUAACCGCUUCCGAAACUUUGUGUGUAUUUUCCCAAGUAUUUUUGCAUGGACUUUUUUACACGGAUAUUUCUCAGGUUUCUCUUGUGUAAAUUGUGUGCAAUAUGGCAGAUUUAAAUGCAAAAAAAAAUGUGUAAUGCAGCAGUUUUCCUGGCCUGUACUGUAACAACAACAAGAUGCAACAGUACAGAAUAUUACAUUGCCUACAAAGGGGAAAAAUAUUGACACAACUGUACUAAGGCUACUCUUAACUUGUGUUUAAAUAGCUCAGGCAUUUCCCACAACAGUCUUGUCCAUAAAUUUUAGGUGAUGCACAAUGCACUUACUUAACGCAUUUAACCUAAAAAUACGCGGAUGUACAAUGCAAUUGCAUCAAACCAGCUUAACACUCACACCUCUUCAGAAUGUUGUAAGACGCACUCUGUUCACACCAUCUGGCCCCAGUUGUUCAAAAAAUGGAUAGCGCUAUCCACCAGAAACCAAUCAAAUCCAGUGGAUAGCGAGUUAUCCGACAGAUAGCACUAUCCAACUUUUGAACAACUAGCACCAGGGCUGUAUUCUAUGCUGAUAGAAUUGAGAUUUCAUGAGAAAGAUAUUGCAAAACUGGGGAUGUUUUUUCAAGAGGUUUUCUGAAAUUAAUAAGAAAGUGGCUCUUUUCUUUUCCGAAAAAUAAUUGGCAAUACUCCAAGAGCAGUGGAGAUAAGUCAGUUUUUCUGGUACUUGUCUUCCAAUGAAACCCUUGCUAAAACUACUUUAAACAGGAGUUUAACACCUAAGACCUUCAGAUUUGAAUAAGUACAGUACUUGUUUAAGUUAUGUUACCUUGGCAACUAAACAACAGGUGGUUUUUCCUUUGAGGAAAACAAGAAAGAUUUUGAAUUUCUUUUAUUCUUGGAGGGAUUCUGAAAUAACUUAUGUUCAUAAACUUGAAGAAGAGCACUGAGAAGAUUAUAGAACCAAGUCAUUUUUUUUCUCCUAUUCCACAUCUUCCACAAUAUUUAGGCCUUUUUCAAUAUUUCCAAGGCAUCUGUUUCUGAUAUAGUAAAAAAUCCCUUAUAGCAUCUGUUGAAUAUUAUUAGUUCUUUAAGUUCUCUGGAACAUUGUAUAGAAAUCUUUUUUUAUUAUUCGAGGCAAAUAUAGAUACAAAAGGAAAGAGAUAUAGGAUACUCUUUAUUUUGCAUUUUAGGAAUGUAACAUGCACAGAUAUGUUAAAAUUUUCCAGUGCACUUAAGUGGAGAUGACAAAAUGCCAGUGAUAAAUUCAAAUAACAUAAUGACUGGAUGUAUUUUUCUGAAUCAGGAUGAAAGCAUAAUUUUUUAUUAUCACAACACAUUUCUUCAACUUAUUAGAGAUGUUAAGGUAUUAGUGUGGGUGCAGGACUGAGUUUGGGUGACUUUCCAAUGUCAAUUUUUGUCCACAAAACUCUUGUUUAUGUUGUUAAUCACAAGAACAUAUUCUGUAGAUGGACAAAAACUUUGUGUCAUGAGUGGAUUACAUAAUAGGAUAUUUCCUUGGUGUUGGGGAAACCAUUGGUGGUUCAUUUUUAUGUUGUGGGUAUAGUUCAGUGUCUUCAAUGUUUUGUUUUAAGUCAUUUGUUGAUUGCACCCAUCUGCAACACCGAAAAACUUCCCAUAAUACCGGUAAUGCUUUGCACUCGUAAACUUGUAGCCCUCACUCUAUAGAUUGGUGUGAUAAGGAUAACUCAACAGAAUAUAAAAAGUACCAGUAUGUACAUUACAUCUAAACAAAUUUGUAAUGUUGUAACUUUUCAAGUUGUAAUGUCAAUCAACUUCCAAUAACUCGAACCCUUGCUAACCCGAACAUCGCAAAAAUUGAUUUCUCUGUAUUCCUUCAUACAUUUACUGCAGUUUUAGCGUCAGUGACUCAAACUUCCCGCUUACUUCUCAAACUUAUUGAUUAUUCAUAGAGAAAGUACAAAGGAAAUUAAUGUUUCAUGACUGUUUGGAAAUCAGAUGAAAAAUUGCUCAUUUUGCAUCCUUAAUCUCUCUUCUAAAAUCAUUUUGUUUGAGAAGUAAUAUCAAGCAUUCGACAUAGUGUUUCAUUACCUUCAUCACUAGAUGAAACACCUCAGAGUUCAUCAAAAAACAACUAUAACUACUGUACACAAAAGCAACGUGAGCAAAAUGAUUGACUCCUACAAAAGUGAUGUAAAAGCACUAAAGUCCUGCUAAACCCUAAGACCGCUCCACAUACGAUUAGUGGUGGAGACCGCUGGCCAGCAUUGUCUCAUGUUUAACCUCGCCUAAAUUACAUUUAGCCACACUAAAAAAUACUCAGCUGUGCAACAUAUUUUCAACUCUCUUCUCAGUUUUUCAUCCAGUGGUAAAACACUGUGUCUCAUGCUUGAUGUAUUUAAUACUUGAAGUAAUUUUCAUUUCCUUUCAGAUCGUUUUCUAUGAAUGUUUUUGGAGAAUACAGGUUGACAUUAGGACAUGAAGGAAUAACCAUGGGGCUUUGUUACUGUAAUAUUGUCUGAUGACAGCAACAGCAACAAGAACAUCAAAAAAGCAAUAGGUUUUAUCAGCAAAACAACAACAUUCAGCACACCCUUUUUGCACAUUUCUUUGCCAUUACUGUACAACUACAGUGUGAAAAUGCCUAAAUUCACAUUUUAAGGAGGGCAUAAACAAGCCACCACAGAAUUUUCUUUCUCUUUCCGGACUUGUAUAUGGUUCUUAGGAAUUCAACUCAAGAAGAGUUUGCCUACAUUUGACAAAGUAAAUGACCUCAGUGGAAUAAUCGCUAUGAAGAUUGAAAAAACACCAAUUCAGUUUUUGCAUGACAUUUUCGCUGCUGUCGCCAUCCUCUCAUCUUAAGGUCCGUAGAAUUCAUUACCUCUGUCAGUCUCACCAUACUAACAUUGUGUGUAUGUGUGGAGGGGGGGAUUAUGUAAAUGUUGAUUGCUUAUGUUUUGGCACAAGGUGACAAGGUUAAUAAUUUUGUAAAUUUUUGUUUUGUGUUUUCUUUCUAGAUAUUUGGCUCAGGUUAUGAUAGACUUUCCAAAGCCAAUUGUGGCAGCAUUGAGGCAACCAGCCCAGGGUUUGGGUGCUAAGCUUGCAUCUCUCUGUGAUCUUGUUUGUGAUGAGGUGAGUAGUCUUUUAUGUACCAGCUAAUGAAUCUGCAAAGAUUCUCUCUCAAAAUCACUGAUCGCAACGAUCGCUAGAGAGAAAGUCUGUAUGUGGUUUGCCCCUGCGAGCUCCAAAGGGGUACCCCCACAGAUCAUGUGCAAACUGGGCAAGACCGCUGGCAGCAUUAGCUCGAGAUUAACCUUGCCUAAAUUGCAUUUAGCCACAUUAAAAUACUGCAUUUAAAGGCCAAUGACUGACUAUGUUGUGGCAUUGUCAUUGUGCUGGCCCGCUGUUUGAGAACCAAUAGACACCUUAAGAUUCUUAGACAAGGACGACUAUGAUUAUGAGAUUUUCUCAUUACUUAGAAGUGCUCAUGCAUGAACUAGGGCCAUUUUGGCUGGAAAACGUGAUAGUCGUAGUCCUUCUACCAUGAGUCUUAGCAAGAAUGUGGUAUUGGUGGAAACAGGUUAUCAAGUGUUAGAAGUUUUAUCAUUUUGUGAUCCGUAAUAAAUAAAGAUAGCACUGCUAACUUUUCUGGUGAAAAAAAGUAUGCUGAAGCUUGGCCAUGCAGAGUAUGCACCAACUGAUAGAAAUAUAUAUAUUUUUAGGCUUGUAGGUAGUUUCCUUUUUAAACCUAAGCAAAUUUUAUGGACAUGCACAUUUAUAUUUUUAAUGUUAAUUCAUGUGUUGUUUGUUGCAGGCAUCUACUGGUGAACCAGUCAGUCUUCAAAAUGUUUCCAAGGGUCGGGUGCCUUACUGUUUUACAAGAUUGAUGGGAAGCACAUCGGUUAAUGAGCAAAUUCUUGUGGGGCACAAGGUGUCAAGUUCCACGUUGAACUGUGUGAAUUCAUUGUCUGAAGUCUUCAAUCACACAAGGUACACUGCUAACAUGUCAGCGUCACUAAAGGCCAUGGCUGUGCCAGGAAGCAUGGUAUAUGAUGACAGUUGUCAGGUAGCGCAGAGCACUGACGAGCUGUUAGAACUGGAACAGCAGCUUCUUCAAGAAGAGAGAAAUGCCAGAGAAUAUGUUGAAGAGAUUCAAGGCCUUUGGAAAGAUGUAGUUUCUCAAAAAAUUUACUCACAGGCGUGA